UCCGGUAGUAGUAGUGCUAACAUGUAGCAUGUGGUAACCCGUGUUUAAAUUAACUUUAUUAACUACGUAUUUUACUUUUCAAAUGUCUACAUACAUCAUAACCAAGCCCCACACGGCUGAUGUGUGUAAGUACACUUCAGUCAGUAGGCCUUUCAGGACUGACAUCAGGUCGCUGUUAUCCAUCUCUUCAAUGUGCGAGCUGCUGUUCGUCCAAACGAACUGGGCUCAGGUCAGCCCUGAUACAAAAGGUAGCAGGUCACUAAAGGCCACGAGUGUCACGUAAGGUGAUGCUUAUUCGUACGAAUUUAAUCAGUUGGAAUAAUUGAUUUUUUGUGAUUUUACUUUUAGAAAUGGAGUGGCCCAGUGUUUUUUAAUGUUUAGGAUUUUUCUUAUACCCUUAUUUUGAAGGCCUAAACCACUUUCCACUCCAACUCAGUGCAAACAGAAUGUUUCACUUCUCAUAUAUAGUGCUAAUAAUAAGAUAAUAUGUGGAAAAUGAGUCAUUAAGUAAUAUUAGAUGAUAAAACCCUUUGUCGAUCUCCCAUGCAGCAGUGAAUAGGGGUACCUAAUUAAAGUCUUAUAGCGAAAACUGGAAGAUAACAAAAAAGAAUUGAAUAAAAAUAGUAAAAGGCAAAAAUAGACACUUAACAUGUCAAAAUCCCAAAGUCACGUGAAAUGUAUGUAAAUAAUGUAUUUAAUAAGGUAAUUAUGAGAUAAAUGCACUAUAGACCUAGUGUGUAAUGUAUAAAACAGUAUAACACUUGAUAUUGUAUGAUGUAUAACAAUAUAUUAAAGGUGCACUGUGUAGUUUGAGAGAUGCAAUUUUAAUCAGAAGAUAAAGCUCCUCACUGAUUGUUUUAUGCAUAAACAAACCUAAAUGAACAAACUCCUCUUGGAUUUCAUGACAGAAUUAAACUACACAAAUUUCAUAUUGUGUCAUUUUGUUUAUAUGUGGCGGACCCUGCCAACUUUCUGGCUUCAAACCAUACAUUGAGGACCUUAACUUGUUUUACAGUUGGGGGGGGAGACAGAGAGGCAUUAUUACCUCAUUGAUAUCAUGAAUAUAAAAAUCCUGAGCUUGAAUUUCUUCUCCAACUGCAUAGCGCACCUUUAAUGAGAUAUAAGAUACAAGGAUAGGUGAUGUAGUGUAGUAUGACACAAUAUACAGUACAGUAGAGCAUUAAGAUAUAACAUAAAUAUGAUACAGUUUGGCAUAAUUUAAUACUGUCUAUAGUAUAAUGUCUAAUACAAUCAUAUAUACAUAGGACUGGAGCAAGCAUUCAAACAAUUAUGUAGCUACUGAAUACGACAUAAACAUAUGUUGCAUCCAUAUAUUCAUAUUAUAACAUGAUCUCUGAAACUUAAUGAAGCUGUAUGGUUUUCUUGCUAUAGAUUAACAGCUCACAGGAAUGGGCCACAUGAGUGUGAUUAUGUAACUAUGACUGAUAAGAUCAGACUAAAUAUAAUAAGUCGGCGUGGAUUCACAGAAGAAUCCCACACUUCUGACGUCGUUACGUAACGUUCACACCUGUAAAGUGAGAGCUACGGUUUCAGAUGUGUAGCAGAGAUGAGGAAGAGGAACCUUCUUUUUUUGGGUUGGGGGGGAGACACGCACCUCCUCACGCACGGGGGAGAGAGAGAGAGGAGAGAGGAGAGGAGAGUGGGAGGUCCCUGUGGCGUGACGUUGCGAUUGGCCCAGUGUCUUUUCCUUAGCAGGGACUCGACGCCUCUCUCUCUCUCCCUCUGUGAUCAGUGGGUGAGAGGGGGGAGACGAGCAGCAGCACACAGCGGAGAAAACCCGGCGUGCGCCUCCGUCAUCUUGUCGGCAUCAUACUGUCAUCUCUCCUCCACCACCACCGGUCCUGGAUCCCCUCAGCCUCGGUCCUGGAGACGCCUGAAGUCUGCAGCACGAUCUGCUUUUUUUAUUUUCCAGCCUUUAUCUGAAUGACGGGCGGAAGGUUCGACUUCGACGACGGUGGCACUUACUGCGGGGGGUGGGAGGAUGGCAAAGCCCACGGACACGGCAUCUGCACCGGACCCAAGGGCCAGGGCGAGUACGCCGGGUCCUGGUCGCACGGCUUCGAGAUAGUGGGGGUGUACACCUGGCCCAGCGGGAAUACCUACAGGGGCUACUGGUCCCAGGGGAAGAGGCAUGGGCUCGGCGUGGAGAAUAAAGGAAAGUGGAUGUACCGCGGGGAGUGGAGUCACGGUUUCAAGGGUCGCUACGGUGUCCGGCAGAGCCACAACACACCUGCGAGAUACGACGGCACCUGGAGCAACGGACUGCAGGAUGGAUACGGGAUCGAGACCUACGGAGACGGAGGUACCUAUCAAGGCCAGUGGAUGGGUGGAAUGCGUCAUGGCUACGGCGUGCGUCAGAGUGUUCCCUAUGGCAUGGCCACUGUUAUCCGCUCCCCUCUGCGCACGUCUCUGGCCUCCCUGCGCUCCGAGCAGAGCAACGGCACAGUGCUCCAGGACCUCUCCUCCCCCGCAGACACACCGACAGGCAGCCGUGGCGGCUUCGUCCUUAACUUCCACUCAGACAGCGAGGUCGUCACCGGCAAGAAGAAGGGCCUGUUCCGCCGGGGGUCGCUCUUCGGCAGCCUCCGGCAGUUGCGCAAGUCAGACUCUCGGACCUCAAUCUCCAGCAAGCGCAGCUCUGCACGCAGCGAUGCUGCAAUGAGCCGCAUCAGCUCCAGCGACGCCAACUCUACCAUAUCCAUCGGCGACGGCGAGCUGCAGGAUGAGGACCUUCCUCUAGAGGACCAUGUGGAUGCCACUACGACUGAGACCUACAUGGGCGAGUGGAAGAACGACAAACGCAAUGGAUUUGGUGUUUCGGAGAGAUCGAAUGGGAUGAAGUAUGAAGGAGAGUGGCUUAACAACAAGCGCCAUGGUUACGGGUGCACGGUUUUCCCAGACGCCACCAAAGAAGAAGGGAAGUACAAAAAUAACGUGCUGGUGCGUGGAAUAAGGAAGCAGUUGAUUCCUCUUAAGAACCCCAAAACCAAAGAGAAGGUGGACCGGGCUGUGGAGGGGGCACAGAGGGCUGCAGCCAUUGCCAGGAGUAAAGUGGAAAUAGCAGCUUCCAGAACGGCCCAUGCCAGGACAAAAAGCGAGGCCGCAGAGCAGGCCGCCAUCUCCGCUGUACACGACUCGGAAAUUGCCAGGGCUGUUGCUAGAGAGCUCUCCCCCAACUUCUACCAACCAGGACCUGACUACAUAAAACAACAGUCAAAGGAGCCCGUUGAGAUUAAAGAGGUUCCUGUAGAAAAGACGGAAAAGUCCCCAAAAGAUUCUCCACACUUUUACCGUAAAGGCACCACUCCUCCGCACUCCCCUGUGACCAGCCCUGUAGCCACGCCUCCCCCCUCGCCUCAGUCCAGCAAGAAGAAAGGUCAGCUCGCCAACAGCACCAGCCGCAAGACCAGCAAAGAGGAAAAACCUUCCCGUAAGAUAAGCAAAGAAGAGAGGUCAAGUCACAAGGCCAGCAAGGAAGAGCGGCCUAACAGAAAGUUGAGUAAAGAGGAGAGGCCGUCUGUACCUGACGGCCCGAAAAGUUCUCAUGUGCACAUCGAGGCUCCAGCUAAACCUGCGAAAGCUCAUCAGCCUACUGCAGCGUCAGCUCCUCCUCCUCCACAGCCUCCUGCGGUUCCAGUCAAUGGCGAGCUCCACACAGAGUACCACAGUUACUAUGUCAAGCCCCCUACAAAGGGCCCUCCACCACCCGACCCUGAGGAGGAUAUAGAGGAAGAGCCUAGUGCCCUGGCCCUGGCACGUAUGCCCCCACAACCCCCUAGGUCCUUAAGUACCCCCACUCCUAAGCCAGCCUCCAUACGGGAGAGCAAAAGCGACCACAAACUCAGGAAGCAGGAUUCCCUAAAGCCAAAGAGCCUCGCAGACACAAAGAAAGCCAGUAUGGAGAUUGCAGAAAACAUGGAAGAAACAGGUCCUAACUCCAUCCUUGUUGCUAUGGUAAUGCUGUUGAAUAUUGGCCUUGCAAUUAUAUUUGUCCAUUUUCUGACAUGAUGAUGCUGCUUCUCAGUGAAACCAUGGCAACCGGUACAGUUGCAUCGCCGGCCUUGAGAAAUGAAAAUGGCGCCAGUGAGACACGGGGGCGGCCGUAGGUGUUUAGGAAUCAACGUGACACCGAAGAGAAUCAGGAGGAAAGGCAUCGCUACCACCAACCUGUCAUGGGCCUUUUUUAGGGCCAGCCCUGUGAAUUAGCACUCCUUUGGCUUCUCUUAAAGCUGAGGUGAAAUGUCGUAUCUAGUAAGAUAUAUAUAUAUAUAUUUAAAAAAAAAGUUAAAAAAUGCAACCAAACAUACACAGUCUGAAAAAAGAAGUAAUUGAAACCCACACGUGUGCUGAUCCAAGCACUGGUCUGUAGCCCACUCCCACUGCCUUGGCAGAGAUAGCGGUGGGCUGACGGACUUUGCUGGAAGAGUGUGGAGAUGCACUUUUAGAUGAUGGGAGCAAACAGCUGCCUUUCUAUUUUGCCAUCUGACGUUUUGAUGGGGAGAUGUGAGCCCGGCGGCCGGGGUGGGAGGGGGUCACAGCCACAGCGGGAGCGUGCUCGGGUGCACGGAGAGUUUUCUGGGGGUUCACACCACUCUUGCAAGCAGGAAACUGGGCACGGCCGUUGCCAGCAGUCAGUGCUAGCACGGUCACUCGCCAGUCUUACUCUGUUUACCCAAUCAUCACAGCAGCGGCUCCCUCGAGCUCCGUCCAUUGUAACCCAGGAUACACUGCUUUGAAACACUCCCCGUGCAUGGUACAGUUUUUAACAUUUUUGUUUUUGUUUGUUUUCUGUUUUAACUGUAGCUUUUUCUUUUGUUCAUUGUUCUCUGAAUGUUGGUUACCUGAAGUCAUAUGCUUGUUGUUGACAAAAGAAAUCUCUUCUCAAAGGAGCAAAUCAAUUUGUUUUCCCUUUUAUUUAGAAAUUGUACUCAUUUCUAACAAAUUGAGUUUGUUAAUUUGACACAUUCAUGUCACUGAAAGUGCAAUAUGUUUUAUUUUUUCAAAGGAAAGCUUCUAGUAUAUUUUGCCAAACAAAAAGUUAUAGAAAAUCCUUUUGAUCCCGAUCCCGACGACUGGUUUUGAUCGAAGGUGUCGAUUCAUAUCCGGCACUGUGUUCAGGAUGGAGGUUCACGCGUUUAAAGCUACCUAUCUCUGUGAGAGUGAAGUAACAGAUGUCUUAUGUUAUUUAUUAAAUCCUGGGUAAAAUGAUA